CUCUCACUUCCCUUACACUCACACUCCUCCCCUACACACCUCUCACACACUCCACUCCUACCUCACCACCCCUGACACACACACACACACACACUCACCAUAAAACUACCUCAACCAAGAACCAACCAAAGUAUUGACCAACGAGAGCAACUUAGGUGCAGGGAGUUGACACAACCACACUUCGCCCUCCCACCCAUUAAUCAGCGUCACCUCCCUCCUUCAGGAUGGGUGGGUUGUCGUGGGUGCUGAUGGUCCUGGGUGUGGCUACCGUGGUGUGGUCGGACGAGUGUUCCCUCACUCCCGUUAUCCACAUCCUGUCUUACCCAGGCUGCGUCUCCAAGCCCAUUCCUUCCUUCGCCUGCCAGGGACGCUGUACCUCCUACGUCCAGGUAUCUGGCAGUAAGCUGUGGCAGACGGAGAGGUCAUGCAUGUGUUGCCAAGAGUCGGGGGAACGGGAAGCUUCUGUUGUAUUAAACUGUCCCAAAGUUCGCAAGGGUGAACCGACGCGGAGGAAGAUCUUGACACGGGCACCCAUUGACUGCAUGUGUCGUCCCUGCACAGACGUGGAGGAGGGCACUGUCCUGGCUCAAGAGAUCGCUAACUUCAUCCAUGAUUCACCCAUGGGCAAUGUUCCCUUCCUGAAAUAGAACCUUAAUCUCUUACUCCAUCCACACACACACACACACACACACACACACACACCAACACCCCUCUCCCCUGCUCAUUUUAUCCCUUAGGACUUCCCAAUCCAAUUGUUCACAAUUUAUCCUUAGUCUCACUCGCCACCCCUUAUUCCCUAACCUACUCCCUAUCCUGAUCCUAACUCCCCCACACUUACCCUAACUCCUUGUCUUGUACUUCACCACCAUCCCUGUUCUACAAUUUACUCCCCAACACUUCCCCUCAUUAUCCUUUUUAUCCAUCAACCCCAUUCUGCCACAUCCCUCGCUUAUUACCUAGUCCUUUGCACUUCUUCUCAAAUGCCAUCCAACCACCCCCCCCCACACACACACACAUACUCCACCUCCAUCCUUAUCACUAGUCCAGCCUUCAUUCCGCCCUUCAGACUGACAACUCAGUAUUUUAUGACCACUGGAAUGACACAGCUGUUAAAAAGUGUGAGACAGUAGCAGUAAUAAAAUAAAAUGAGGCAGCAGCACCAGCAGCAGCAGCAGCAGCAGCAGCAGCAGCAGCAGCAGAAAAGAUCUUGAUCUUGCAGUGGCAGCAGCACCAACAACAAAAAUAAUCGUGACCUAAAUUGAGUUCUAAAAAAUACAACUACAGUGACAACAAUACUGCAACAGCACUCCAUUUGACAAACUGGGGACAAGCAUAAGUUCAUCACAAGAACCUUUUCAACAGUUUAGUUUCAUUUCCUCGUCAUAACAAUAAAUGGCAGUGACAUGAACACCAAGUACUCUAUUCUUUGUUACUUAACUAACCUCUUCACAACUCCUUAUUUACACAAUAUUUAAAAAUAGAUCUCAAGGAAUGGAGGAAAAAGGUAUUUUGGGUUGUAAACAAAAUUAAGUAACACCUACCAAACAAUAGUCUCUGGUGUCUACUAACUAAAGUGUUCAGAUGUUCGUGCAACAUGUGUGAUCGGUAAUAACAAAAUACAUAGUCAUUUCCAUC